CUCCUCUAUUUGCCUCUCAUACUAUCUUGCUCACCCUACCAACUAUUUGUUGCCUCUGUUCGGAUCAUAACUGGUACCCAAAAUACUUCCACCCCGUCUUUCUUGUCGCUGAACCAUUUUCCAUGUUGAAAUUAACAACACAUCGUCUCUUGGCGGCUCUUGUUGGCAUACUGCACUGUUUGGUCAUGGCGGUGCUGGGCUUCAGGUCAUACAUCCGCUGGACAAUCCAGCAGCUCACCCCCUGCGGACGGUGCUGUGUACAGGCUGCAGGAAGUUCCUGAAUGCUUAUUCUGUGGUGCUGAACGCCUGCAAUAUGAGACCGCAAGUAUGUGCUGCAGCAAGGGUGAAUUUGUCCUGACCUCAACUGAAAUGCCGGAGCAGCUGGUUCAAUUAUUCACGGCGCAUGAUCCUUUAUCAAAACACUUUCGCUCAUGUGUGCGCACAUACAACAAUACUUUUGCUUUCACGUCCAUCGGGAUCUACAAUUACGACAAAAGUCUUUGCAGACGGAACCAGGGGAUAUAUACGUUUAGGGUUCAAGGCCAAAUAUAUCAUUUCAUAAAUGAUCUUCUCCCUGAUGGUUGCCCACCCCGUAAUCUUCAAUUGUAUUUCUACGACACAGACCAUGCUCUUUCCAGCAGGCUAGAAUCAACAGAUCGUCUGGACAAAGAUGUGGUCCAAGUGUUAAUGGAAGUGAUGUGUGCAAACCCGUAUGCCCAGUUCUUCAAAACACUUGGUGACGUUGAACAGGCAGGGGAAUUUUCCAUUGUCCUUAAUGGUAAUCCUUGUCUCGAUCAACAUGUUUACAACCGCCCAGCAACAUCUCAAGUUGCUGCGGUUUGGGUCGAAGAUGGCUAUGAAGGCGCGCCUUCAAACAGAAACAUUCGUGUGUAUGCCCACAGUGGAAGGUCUCAGAACAUCCAUUAUUACUAUGGGUGUUAUGACCCUCUACAAUACCCGCUUUUGUUCCCGCGAGGAGAGGUUGGUUGGCACGAGGGAAUUGCCAGGUGUCCUUCCGGCGUGCUGCACCCCGGUUCAACACCUACUAACUCACUUUCCAUUAACACAACUCUGUUUGGAUCAGGCGAAUCGCUUAUAGCAAGAGAGGAACUCUUGCUCAAUACUGGCCAAAAAAGACAUUCUAUUUCUUGCAGGGAAUAUUACGCAUACAAGUUACAACUUCGCCGGGCAGACAAGGCGCUUAUCCUGCAUUCUGGGCGCCUUUUCCAGCAAUACAUUGUUGACAUAUAUAUUAAAAUUGAAACGCAGAGGCUUGAUUAUUAUCGAAGCAAGCAGCGUGACUAUCGGGGCGAGACAUACCAGGGGUUGGUUGACAGCGUCAGCACAGGUAUCCAGACCACCAGUGACGUUGGCAGGCGCGUGAUACUGCCAGGCUCGUUCAUUGGCGGGCCGCGCGACAUGCGUGGCCGCUACAUGGAUGCAAUGGCGCUUGUCCAGAAUUAUGGUAAGCCGGAUCUGUUUAUCACCAUCACGUGCAAUCCCAGCUGGCCAGAAAUUAAAAACCGCCUAAAAUUCGCUGAUGAGGCCCAAAACCGCCCUGACCUUGUUGCACGUGUUUUUCGAGCGCGCCUGGAAGACUUCAAAAAGGACAUUAUUUCAAAAUCUCUGUUUGGAAAGGUAGUUGCAUACACGUAUGUCAUCGAAUUCCAAAAAAGGGGCCUCCCUCAUGCUCAUUUUCUCGUCAUUUUGUCGAGGGAAUGCAAAAUAACAACUUCUGCUCGCUGUGAUCAGUUAAUCACUGCUGAACUGCCGGAUCCUAUCACAGACCCCGGACUGUAUCUGCUUGUAAAAAAACAUAUGCUACAUGGACCCUGCGGCACGAUCAACCCACAAUGUCCUUGCAUGGUUGUUGCGCGUGGGUCAGGAUCCCCAACAUGCAGAAAUAAGUUUCCCCGUAACUAUUCCGCUGUCACAGAAUUUCAUGAAAACUGCUUCCCUGCAUACAGACGUCGUGAAUCUGGAAUAACUGUCAUAGUAAGAAAGCAUUCCCUGGACAACCGUUGGGUUGUCCCUUAUAAUGCCCAGUUAUUGCGCAAAUACGAUUGCCACAUCAAUGUGGAAGUUUGUGCAAGCGUGAAAUCAGUUAAGUACAUUUACAAAUAUGUGUACAAAGGACAUGACAGGAUAAGCAUGUCGUUGUCAGAGACAAGGGAGGAUGAGGUGAUCGACGAAAUUUCCGAUUUUCAAAAAGCUAGGUGGGUCUCUGCCCCCGAGGCUGCGUGGCGUAUCUUCAGCUUUCCCAUCUCUGAAAUGCGCCCCGCUGUUCUUUCACUGCAGGUCCACCUAGAAAAUUCUCAAUACCUUACCUUUUACGGCAACCAGCGCAUAACAUUGAUACGUUUGUAAUUUCCGUAUGUUUAUUUACGCUUUUAGUUAGUUUUGAUUGUUUAAUAUUUCCGAAACUACACACUUUCGGUGUAAUAGUUUAGUUUGUUAAAUUCUUGUAAUUUGUUUAGAUUAGGUUUAUUCUGAGCUUAAACAGGUCCAAGAUCAAUCAAAUGAUCAAUGGUGAAGGAAGGUGCAAGAGUACAAGACAAAAAGAAGGGAAAAUCCUGAUUUUGGUCUAUACUCGAUCGAGUAUAUACAUAUACUCGAUCGGGUAUCUGGUUGACAUUUCAAAUCGGAUCGGAUCCGAAAACAAAGGAACAUGCAGGAGAAGAUUUUCC